CGCGCCGCCUCAUUUCCGGUGCUCUCUCGCUGGGUCGCUCGGGUCGGCUUCGGUCGCUGUCGCUCCGGUUCUUCCACCCCCGCCAACCGCCGCUCGGGCCUCAGUUGCCGCCGCGUUGCUUCCUCGCUCGCACGCCACACAUCAUCCCCGAUGCAGCGCCGUGACGACCCUGCCGCGCGCCUCACCCGGUCCUCGGGCCGCAGCUGCUCCAAGGACCCGUCAGGUGCCCACCCCUCGGUGCGUCUGACCCCGUCUCGGCCGUCGCCGCUUCCUCACCGGUCCCGGGGAGGCGGAGGUGGGCCCAGAGGAGGCGCUCGGGCCUCGCCCGCCACGCAGCCGCCGCCGCUGUUGCCUCCCUCUACCCCGGGUCCCGACGCGACUGUGGUGGGUUCCGCGCCGACCCCGCUGCUGCCCCCGUCAGCCACAGCCGCGGCCAAGAUGGAGCCGGAGAAUAAGUACCUGCCUGAACUCAUGGCCGAGAAGGACUCGCUCGACCCGUCCUUCACUCACGCCAUGCAGCUGCUGUCCGUAGAAAUUGAGAAGAUUCAGAAGGGAGAGUCAAAAAAAGAUGACGAGGAGAAUUAUUUGGAUUUAUUUUCUCAUAAGAACAUGAAGCUGAAAGAACGGGUACUGAUACCUGUCAAGCAGUAUCCAAAGUUCAAUUUUGUGGGGAAGAUUCUUGGACCACAAGGAAAUACAAUCAAAAGACUGCAGGAAGAGACUGGUGCAAAGAUUUCUGUCUUGGGGAAGGGUUCAAUGAGAGACAAAGCUAAGGAGGAGGAGUUACGCAAGGGUGGAGACCCCAAAUAUGCCCAUUUAAAUAUGGAUCUGCAUGUCUUCAUUGAAGUCUUUGGACCCCCAUGUGAAGCUUAUGCUCUUAUGGCCCAUGCCAUGGAAGAAGUCAAGAAAUUUCUAGUACCAGAUAUGAUGGAUGAUAUCUGUCAGGAGCAGUUUCUAGAAUUGUCCUACUUGAAUGGAGUUCCUGAACCCUCUCGUGGUCGUGGGGUAUCUGUGAGAGGACGAGGAGCUGCCCCUCCUCCUCCACCUGUUCCCAGAGGUCGUGGUGUUGGACCUCCUAGAGGGGCUUUGGUUCGUGGAACCCCAGUGAGAGGCUCCAUUACCAGAGGUGCCACUGUGACUCGAGGAGUGCCGCCACCACCUACUGUGAGGGGUGCCCCAACACCAAGAGCUCGGACAGCUGGUAUUCAGAGAAUACCUUUGCCUCCCACACCUGCACCAGAAACAUACGAAGAUUAUGGAUAUGAUGAUACAUAUGCAGAACAGAGUUAUGAAGGCUAUGAAGGCUAUUACAGCCAGAGUCAAGGGGAGUCAGAGUAUUAUGACUAUGGACAUGGGGAACUUCAAGAUUCUUACGAAGCCUACGGACAAGAUGACUGGAAUGGGACCAGGCCAUCCCUGAAGGCUCCUCCAGCGAGGCCAGUGAAGGGAGCAUACAGAGAGCACCCAUAUGGACGUUAUUAAAAACAAACAGGAGGGGAAUAUCAGUUAUGAGCAAAGUUGUUACUGAUUUCUUGUAUCCCAGGAUUCCUGUUGCUUUACCCACAACAGACAAGUAAUUGUCUAAGUGUUUUUCUUCGUGGUCCCUUUCUUUUCCCCACCUUCCUCCAUUCUUAACUCUGCAUUCUGGCUUCUGUAUGUAGUAUUUUAAAAUGAGUUAAAAUAGAUUUAGGAAUAUCGAAUUAAUUUUUUAAGUGUGUAGAUGCUUUUUUCUUUGUUGUUUAAAUAUAAACAGUGUACCUUUUAUAAUAAAAAAGUUGAGUUAAAAAAAAAACCACAAACAUGUUAGUUUCAAAAGUGGCAUUGCUUGCUUAAAGGUUCUGAAGUAACGGCUUGUUAACUUUCUCUUAGUUUUGAUUUGAGGCACCCCGUAAAGUCAUAGUUGCAGAAUCCCAAACUAGGCUACAUUUCAAAAUUCAGGGCUGCUUAAGAUGUAAAAUCACAAUGUUAACGGCAGUAGGUGCCACCAUGUAAAAGUGAGCUCAGAUGUCUCUAAAAACAUUUCCUUUAAAAGCACAUGGCGGUUGAAUCUUAAGGUUAAAUUUUAAUAUGAAAGAUCCUCAUGAAUUAAAUAGUUGAUGCAAUUUUUAACGUUAAUUGACUUAAAACAACAACAAAAUUAGGUUUGUAAAACUGACUUUUUCAUUAUGUGGGUUUUGAAAUCUAGCCCCAGACAUACAGUGUUGAGAGAUACUUAGUGGGGGAGGGGUGGGGUUUGAAUAACAUUGAUGGGGAGAGAAGCCAGCCACCUAAGUGGAAUCAGAUGGAGUUCUUUUUAGCCACAGUCUUUUCAAUAAUAGUACUAAUAAUCAAAUUUUCAGUAUUUAAAAUGUCAAGAGUAUUUUGUCCAUCUGAGAGUCUGCACUCCAUGAAAAACUCACUUGGACACUGGGGCCAAAAGCUGAUGGUGUUCAUUCAAUUGAUCAUUGUCAGUCGUGAGCUGUUCCCAAGGUAGUUAAGUAUGUCUCAACACUAGCAUGAUAUAAAAAGGGACACUGCAGCUGAAUGAGAAAAGAAUCAAAAUCCACUUUGUACAUAAGUCAAAGUCCUAAUGGAUUUGUACCGCCCUCCCAUUUUGUUUUCGGAAGGUUACAUGCUACGUGUGUAAGUCUGCCUAAAUAGGUAGCUUAAACUUAUGUCAAAAUGUCUGCAGCAGUUUGUCAAUAAAGUUUAGUCCUUUUUUAAUCAAAGUAAAUGUGAUGAAUUGUCAUUUUUGGGGGUGGACAAUAAAAUAGUUUUCUCUUUCACAUAAACUUAAAUUAACUCUAAAGUUAAUGGGCUUGUUAAAAGUUUGGAGAGAUUUUUAAAAGUGGUGGUGGGGAUUUUAUUUUAAGGUUACCAAAAAAAGUUUAUGAGUUGUUAAGUUUUAGUUUAAAAAGAACCAAAGCUUUUUCACCCCCUGGAAGUUGUUGAAAGCAGUUUUAUCCAGUCCUAUCAAAAAAUCCUAAUUUUUAAAGAGAAAUACCCAACUGACACAGAUUGGUUUUUAUUCGAAGGUAUAGGUGCUUCAAGUGCCAGCCACCCUGGCUUCCAGCUUCUGUAGAGCCCCUAGGUGGCCUUAAAUAAUGACACUAAAUCUCUGUGUUCAGCCAUUGAUUUCACCUGUGUUCAGGUACCACAAUUCAGCAAAUCCUGGGUGCCCUUGAGGGUUACCCUUCCGGUCCUAGAGAUGCAGUAACAACUGAGCUGGCCUGGGGGAGGAGCUGGCAUGAUAGACUUGGUCCUGAACUUCCUCCCACAAGACUGCAAACAGUGGAAUUGGUUGGCCCUGUGUAAAAAAAUCACUCUUAAUUCCCAGGGACCUCAUUCUUUCCCUAAGAGCCACCUAAACUGCUCGGGGGUGAAAAAUCCUCUUGUGUGGAGUGCCAAGCUGCCUGUAGCAGUGCAUGAUGGGCAGUUUUCUUUUCUUUUUAAAACACACCAACAAAAAAUGUAUUUAUAGAUUGUGAUAAAGUGUAAAUAACUGAAUUUUCCACCGUGGUUUGAAGUCAGCUUUCAGGGCAUUAUGUCUUGUUUUGAUGAAAAGAGAUCACUCUAUACCCCCCUUUUUAAAGGAAAAUUAUCGCAAGAGAAUCAGGAUGUGUAAAGCUAACAUGCAUCGCAAAAAACCAAAGGUAACCUAAAUGUCUGAUUUUAAUAGCACAUAUUUCUCUUUUAUAUAAACUGUGACAGCAACUUGCAUAAACAAUUCUUUAGUUGUUAAUUUUAAUGUUAAAACUUUGCAAAACUUGUUUAAUAAAAAUAGCUGUAAAAA